AUGCGACUGCUCCUCCCAGCAUUGCUGGCUGUUGCCGGCUUCGUGGGGACGGUGAAGGGACACUGGCUCGGGGAGAUCUCUCAUCAGGGUUUUGCUCCGUUUGCCGGGGCCAACUAUCCCGUCUUCCGCAACGUUAAGGACUACGGCGCAAGAGGUGAUGGCGUAACGGACGAUACGGCAGCCAUCAAUGCCGCCAUCAACGCCGGAAACCCUUGCAACAGGGGCUGUGCGUCGACGACCCAAACCCCAGCAGUGAUCUACUUUCCCGCCGGCACAUACCUGAUCUCUUCGUCCAUCAAGCCGGCCUACUUCACCCAGCUCAUCGGCGAUGCUUCGUCUCGGCCAACGCUCAAGGCGACGCCCAACUUUGCCGGGUUCGGUCUCAUUGACAGCAAUCCCUACUACACCGAGGUGCUGAACUGGAAGUCUCAAAAUGUCUUCUUCCGCCAGAUCCGCAACUUUGUCAUCGACACGACCAACAUCCCGCCCGCAACGGCUGCCACCGGUAUUCACUGGCCGACGUCUCAGGCGACCAGCCUCCAGAACAUUGUGUUCAACAUGCCCGCCACACCCGACGUCGUCCACGUCGGCCUGUUCAUGGAAGAAGGAAGCGGGGGCUUCUUGACUGACCUGGAGUUUAACGGUGGUGCCACUGGUGCCAGUAUGGGAAACCAACAAUUCACCAUGCGGAAUAUGAAGUUCAACAACUGCAAGACGGCCAUCAUCCAAAUUUGGGACUGGGGUUGGACGUAUUCCGGCCUGUCCAUCAACAACUGCCAGGUCGGUAUUGACAUGUCGAACGGCAACACGAUGAACGUGGGCUCGAUCACCCUGAUUGACAGCAGCUUCACCAACGUGCCUGUUGCCAUCCUCACCUCUUGGACCGAGAACCCGAACCCUGCCACGGUCGAGAGUCUGGUGAUGGAGAACGUGGUACUGGACAACGUGCCCGUCGCCGUCCAGGGACCAAACGGAAGAACCCUGCUCGCCGGCGGGUCGACGACAAUCAACGGCUGGGGCAUCGGCCACAGCUACGGCUCCUCCGGCCCUACCUCGUUCGCCGGUCCAGUAACUCCCAACUCGCGCCCGGGAAUCCUCCUCAAUAACGGGCGGUACUUCACUCGCUCCAAGCCGCAGUACGAGAGCGUGCCCGUCUCGUCCUUCCUGUCGGUUCGGUCGGCGGGAGCCAAGGGCGACGCCUCGACGGAUGACACGGCGGCGCUCCAGAACGCCAUCAACACAGCUGUGUCUCAGAACAAGAUCCUCUUCCUCGACUACGGCAUCUACCGCGUGACCAGCACCAUCAGCAUCCCGCCCGGCGCCAAGAUCGUGGGCGAGACAUACCCCGUCAUCAUGUCGUCCGGCGCCUUCUUCAACGACAUAAACAACCCCAAGCCCGUGGUCCAGGUCGGCAAGUCGGGCCAGCAGGGCCAGGUCGAGCUGACCGACUUUAUCGUCUCGACGCAGGGGAGGCAAGCGGGGGCGAUCUGCAUCGAAUGGAACCUCGCCAGCGACGCCGGCAACCCCAGCGGCAUGUGGGACGUCCAUGUGCGCAUCGGUGGCUUCACCGGUACGCAGCAGCAGGUCGCCCAAUGCCCCAAGACGCCGGGCAACCCGGCCGUCAACGACAACUGCCUCGUGGCCUAUAUGGGCAUGCACGUCACCAAGGGAGCAAGCGGGCUAUACAUGGAGAAUGUGUGGAUCUGGACUGCCGACCACGAUAUCGAUGAUGCUCAGAACACCCAAAUCACCAUCUAUGCCGGCCGUGGUCUCCUAACCGAAUCCGAAAACGGUCCCCUCUGGCUCUGGGGCACGGGUUCGGAGCACUUUGUGCUCUACCAGUACCAGUUCGCCGGCACCAAGAACAUCUUCAUGGGCCAGAUCCAGACCGAGACGCCCUACUACCAGCCGACCCCGAACGCGCUGGUGCCCUUCCCGGUGGCGUCGGCGUUGCGCGACCCGGAUUUCCAGGCGCAGUGCGCGGGCGUCGAGGGCAACUGCGCGGCGGCGUGGGGCCUGCGCGUCGUCGACUCGAGCGACGUGCUGGUGUACGGCGCCGGGCUGUACUCGUUCUUCAGCGACUACAGCACCGCCUGCUCGACGUUUGACGCCGGGCAGACGUGCCAGCAGCGCAUCACCUCCGUCGAGGGCUCCGCCACCAACGUCAACCUGUACAACCUCAACACGAUCGGGACGCGCGAGAUGCUGACGCGGGAUGGGAGGCGGGUCGCUUGGUACGCGGAUAACCAGAACACCUUUGCGUCCAACGUGGCGGUGUACAAGAGCAACUGA